CUAUUUAAAGGCAAGGGUGGGGCUCCCCAGCUGCUUGUCUGGGACUUUGGCAUCUUGGUAGAGAGGAGAAUUAGCCUGAAGAGUGGCACCAUGUCUUGUGGACCAGUAUGCACCAACUUGGGCCUCAAGCCUGGCCAGCGUCUCACUGUGAAGGGCAAAAUUUCACCAAGUGCCAAAAGCUUUGUGAUGAAUCUGGGAAAGGAUUCAACCCACCUGGGCCUUCAUUUUAACCCUCGCUUUGAUGCUCAUGGUGAUGUGAACACAAUUGUGUGCAACUCAAAGAAGGUGGAGGAGUGGGGCACAGAGCACAGGGAGACGGUCUUCCCUUUCCAGAAGGGAGCUCCUAUAGAGAUUACUUUCUCUAUCAACCCAAGUGAUGUGACAGUCCAUCUGCCAGGCCACCAGUUCACGUUCCCUAACCGGCUUGGUCUCCAGGUCUUUGACUACUUUGAUGCGCAAGGGGAUUUCACACUCCAGUCCCUUAGCUGGGAAUAGUUUCUUCCUAUAUCCUCUCUUAAAAGAGAGAGAGGAAAAAAAAAAAAAAGCAGAUGGCAAUCAAUAAAUAUUUGGUCUACCUGA